AUGUCCCCCGUGUUGCUCGAGGCUUUCCACAACCCGUUCCAUCCUACAGUGCACAAGUUCCGGUCCUUCAUCACCCCCGCUGAUAUCGUCCACUUCCAUACAGACUUUAUGGUUCCAUGGUUAAUGCUCGAAAAGGACAACAUCGGGUUCAACUACAAACUCGCCGGCGGGAGCAUGAUGAUAAUAGGCACAUACAAUUUCGGCGUUAUCAGCAUAAUCUUUAAUAACGAACCCGAGGAGUGUCUAACCUGCGAACCUGGCAUCUUCGGUGACAGCAUCCAUAACCAGUGUGAUACUAACUUUAAAGCCAAAUUUCGCUUCCCGAAUGGCAGUAUUGCCGAAGCUUCCACCACCAUACGUGGGCCUAUCCUAUAG